GCCACUCUUUAUAUUCUAAUGCUAAUAUCAAUUAUUUUUGUUGUAAUCAGUUUUAUCUCUUUUUCUUAUUGUCAAUCGUUACACCAUGUCUAAUGCCGAGGCGUGGAAAAGACGUUCCAUUUACCAAGUUCUCACCGACAGAUUCGCUAUAGAAGAAGAAAACCGUCAAAAUUCAGGUCCAGAUAAAGGAAUUAGAGAUUAUUGUGGUGGAACAUGGAGGGGUAUAAUAUCUAGACUUGAUUAUAUUCAAGGAAUGGGUUUCGAUGCCAUAUGGAUUUCACCCGUAUGUUUCUUCAGUCUCAUCGAUGUAUUAGCUUUACUCGCUAACGGCUCAUACAGAUCCAUAAGAAUAUCGAAGAGGUGACCCAAUAUGGAGCCGCCUAUCAUGGAUAUUGGCCAGAGGAUAUUUAUUCAGUAAAUCCACAUUUCGGUACCGCGGACGAUUUACUCGCUCUGUCGGAUGCGUUGCACGCGCGAGGAAUGUUUUUGAUGAUUGACGUGGUUGUCAAUCAUAUGGGUUCUCCCCCUACUGUGGAGUAUUCCAGAUAUGUACCUUUCAAUGAUUCAUCAUACUAUCAUCCAAAGUCGUUCAUCACAAAUUAUGACAAUGAAAAGGAGUGCCAGGAAGGAUGGUUAGGCGAUGAACAUGUACCAUUACCUGAUCUAAAUACCGAAGAUCCUACUGUGGUGCUCACUCUCCAAACUUGGAUCAUGAAACUUGUCCAAAAGUUUAAAAUUGAUGGCCUGAGGAUUGAUACCGUCAAACAUGUCAGGAAGAAUUUUUGGCCGGAUUUUGUUCGGUCUGCUGGGGUCUGGUCGGUGGGUGAGGUAUUAUCAGGUGAUCCUAACUACCUAAGCUCAUAUCAGCCAUACAUUGGAGGGCUUUUGGACUAUGGGACAUAUUAUCCUUUGAAAAGAGCAUUUCAUAGAGAUGGUGGUAGCAUGUAUGAGCUCAUCAACCUCCUCACUCCUGCGUACAGGUCAAAAUUCCGCGAUAUGCAGCAAAUGUCGACUUUUAUGGAGAAUCACGAUAUGCCGCGGUUUACCCAUGACACAAACGAGGAUUUGGCCGUUGUGAAGAAUGCUAUGGCAUGGACUUUACUCACAGAUGGUGUGCCGAUUAUUUACUACGGACAAGAACAAUCUUAUUCAGGAGAUGGUGAUCCUGGCUCCCGAGAGCUGAUGUGGACAUCAAACUAUAAUAUUACACCACUAUAUCAGUACAUCGCACGUUUGAAUCAGAUCAGAAAGCUGAGUUGGGAUGCAGGGUUUGGUACACAUCUAACGACGCGUCUUUAUGUUGACGGCAACGUUGCUGCCACGCAGAAGGGUCCUUUGCUCAUGGUACUGACCAAUCAAGGUAGCAAGGCGAAACCGAAAACGGUCUUCGUACCUACUAUGUUCAAGAAUGGUACCACAAUAGUCGAUAUUCUCACGAGGGAAUCUUUCACAGUGAAACGUACCACGAAAAUCAUUGUGACAGCCGGCGAACCCCGAAUCUUUCUGCCUCUCCGUCUAGCAGAACACAUCUGCGAGGAUAUCAUUCCACCAUUUCAAAGCGCCCUAUCUAGAUUAUUCUCUAACAUAUUCAGCUUCAUGUCAUCCUCGAAAGUUGCCGAUGAAAUCACCACUUGGCCACAUGGAGAUGCAGUUUCUACUGAAGAUAUUUUACUUGCCGAAAAGGAUCCGGUUGCAGCUCAGGCAGAGGGCAAGAUUUUAAUGCCAAGCGCUGAGGAGAGUUCAUCCCCGUGGUCUAUAUUCUCUACCCUUGAAUAAUUGAGCAAUUAGAGCAUGUCUUGUCCUUCAUUUACUUUGAACUUUCAGAUUGCCUGUUAUUUAGAACUUACCAUGGGCUAUUGAAUCGUUGUUUAGUUAUUGUAUUUUAAUUCCACGUCCUGAAAAGUUAAUGGACGCUGUAUUUUUUGGUGAAGGAAGAUGGAGUUUUGUGUACCAUGGCAUCAAGGCCUGUAAUAUAUUAGACAGAAGGACAGGAACUAGAAGGACAUACUCUUCAACCUGCGUUGGAAUAUUGAUACCUUUUCAUAUGUUGAAUUGGAUUGGAUUUGCGUUUAGAUUAGAUUCGUUUGGUAAUCUUAUAUUC